AAACUUGCCUCAAAAAUAGAACACACUGUCGCAUUAAUAUACCCGUGGCAAGCAAACUGUGUCAAUAGCGAGUGGUAGUUCUGCAUAUGGCCAGUUGAGUAAGAGCCGCCAAGUGGCAAGGUUCGCAGCGUUUACGGCCAGUCGCAAGGAUACUCCGGUCGCGAGGAUACUCCGAGGAUACUCCGUUCCAAGCCAUGUUUCCCCAAGCCGAACUCGAGAACUACAAGCUGCAGGUGGAGCUGCUGCAGGAGAAACUGCAGCGCAGCGAGGAUAAUCGCCAGCAGCUGGAGCACAAGUUGGAUAAAAUCUUGCAGAAGCGCAGUGAGCUCGACAAAUCGGUGCGCCACAAGAGCCGCCAAAAGUACCAGGACUUCCUGGAGGAGCAGGCCAAGCGCAACGAGCGCAACAAGAAACUGGUCCACAUGCUGGAGCGCAUCGACGAGCAAACGGCUGCCAUGUCGCAGCGGAGCGAGCGGCUUAAAAUGAUGAAGCUGCAAUACCAAAUGUACUUUGCCAAAUUGGUGCAGAAUCAAACAUUGCGUUGCAUCCAACAGACGACGACAUCGACGGCUCCAUCCGCCGGCGGAGUGAUACCUGUGCUGGUGCAACCGCAGCCGCAGGUGACGGUGACCAAUCCGCAGUCGACGCCACAGAACUGGACGUUUGCCAUGGCCACGCCCACGCAGGCGGGCAUGCUGUUGACGCCCCAGUUUGCCGCAGCCAGUCCAGCAGUUCCUGCAGGUCCGCCCAUGCCGGCUGGCCAUCCUGUUUACUAUCCAGAGCUCUUUGGCGGAACUGCAGCUCCCCUCGGCACCUCGAACCUGUUCGAUUUGCGCGCCACCCUGCGCGCCUUUGAUAAUGAGAAUGCCGAUUUACCGGAGCGCAUGCAGCCCCACUUGACAGGUGAUUAUCAGGCGGAGCUGGGCGGCAGGACCCAUUCCACAGCAGCAGCAGCAGCAGCAGCAGCAGGAGCAGCAGGUCCUGCAACACCCACAUCGACUUUGUCCAGCCAGGAGAAGGGUGCGCGGCAACUGAGCAGCACUUCCUCCACGCUGGCCACAUCCUCGUUGACAUUUGAUAAAUUGCCAAAGACAUCGUCGCCUUCGCUGACGUUAACUGAGCUGCCGACUGCCGGAGUGGCAACUUCUGGCCAGGAUGUGGGCGGGCAACCGCAAAGGGAAGCCGGCGACCUGGGUGGCUGGACAAAUUCACGCGUGACUAAAGUGGAGUAUGAAAAAUCACCAACUGUCGUUGGCCAUAAUGAGCCGGUGCAGCGCCAUCAGCAACAACAGAUACCACGCCAGGAGCCACAUCAGGAGCAGCAACAUCAGGAGCAGCAACAUCAGCCUUCCCACGACUUCGAAGCAUACUUUGGCGAGCUGAAAAUCGAUGAGUCGUCCUGGCAGAAUGGCCAACCCACAACGACAUGCACAUCCAGCGCCCACGAAGACAAACGCCCCUUGAACGUGCGUUCCAGCGAGUCGGGAUUAGGAUCUGGAUCUGGAAUGGGAGCGGGUGCAGGAUCAGCGGUUAGUGGCAAAGUUGGCAUCAGCAACGAUUUGCUGGACGAAGUCAAAGCCAGUCGGGCGGCACUCGAAAGAGCAGCGGCUGCGGUUGAUGAGCAGCUGGCAAGGGGUAAUCAAUUGUCGCCGCCAAGCAGUCAGGAGCCCAAAACCGGUGUGUCGAUUGAGAAUAUUGAAAAUGCCAUUUACGGCGAACGGUUGACAGGAGCAGCAGGAGCAGGAGCAGGAGUACCAGCGGCAGCAGUGGCUGCCACAGCAGGUGAGGCGUUGGCCGCCGCACCAACGAAGGGAUUUUUGGACAAUUUGGCAGCCAACCCAACGCCAGAGGAACUUCAGGAGGUGGAGCCACAACAGCAGCAGUUGCCACAGCACGUGGAGCCGGAGUUGUCCGGGUACGGGCAAUACGAUGCCAGCAGUUAUGGCGAUGCCAGUGAGCCCAUCUAUGCCAGCAUCGAAUCCGCAAACCUGCAGCCCCUGCAAAGCGCAAAAGUGGAGCCGCUUUACAGCGAAAUCGGAAAUCCCGCAGACUAUCAGCAUCAGUCGUACGCAGCGGAUGCAGGGGCAGUUGCUGCAGAUGUGCCCGCAGCAGUGGCAGUCGAAGGUGCAGCAGCUGCGCUAGAUGCCACCGGUGGUGGCGAGCUACUGCCGCAGGAGUACUCCAAUAUUGAUUAUGGCAACUACGAGGCCGAUCAAUAUGCGGCCGGCUAUGAUCCCAAUGCCUAUCCGGGCUAUAUAUACGACGAGGCGACGGGCCAGUACGUAGCCGAUCCCAAUGCCACCCAGUACGCAGCAGAUGGUAGCUACGCUGGCCAGGAGUACGAUGCCAGUGCGGUGCAGGACUACGACUACAGCGCCUACGAACAGCAACCGGAACAACAGCAGCAGCAGCAGCAGCAGCAGGAGCAACAGGAGUUGCCAGCACAGGAGCAACAGAUGCAGCAGCAGCAGCAGGAAGUCUAUCCAGAAGCAGAAGCCACGCCGGAGGUGGAGGAGAGUCCAGCCGCGCCGGCGGAGCCACCGGCACCACUGGCCACCAGCAAGCCACUCAAACCCACAUCGAUACUCUCGACGACAGACAAACAAGCGGCGCCUAAUGAUGCGCAGCAGCAGCAGCUAAAAAAGAAGAAGCGCGUUAAUUUCGUUGACAGCAGCGAAACGGAUGAUAGCUCAAGCGCGAAACCGACCCAGGCCGCAAAUCCAGGACCCGCCGCCUCCAGUCCUGCCACGCCCCCAGUCGGUGGGGGCGGCAGCGAGAGUGAUUUCGAUUUUUCAACCGGCAGCGAGGCGAAGAAUUAGAACAACGCUGAAAACAUUUCGAGCUCUAAUUUGUUGCCAUUUGGGUUAACCAACCACCCAGCGCCCAAGCCGCCCAACUCAAUGUGAACGACCGUCUCGAUUUAUUGCCAAUGCAUUGGGCGCAGAGAAAAAAUUCGGAAAAAUCCGGAAAAUCCGGGAAACCCAGAGUGGAAAGCGGAAAAUAGAAGCGAGGCAAGCAGUAGUUUUCUGCUGCUGGUAGAGGAAAAUGGCGAACCUCAAGCCGCACAAAAAAGUUGCUGCUUACUUAGGCGACGACAAACUAACAAUGCUCGUUUAAUUCAAUAAAUUUAGUUGCAUGUCAAAUAAAGCGAAUACACUAUAAAAUUGGAAA